AAGUUGGAAGGCGAAGACUGGGCGGAGGGGCCUCCGGGUGCCGGGCCGGGGCCGGCGGGGGGAGGGGGAAAGGGAUGGGGGGCGGGCACAGAGGACGGAGGAGCCGGCCGGACACGGACUGCUCCGUCGCUCCCUCCCUCAGCUCAUCCCCGCGUCCCCACUUCCCUCCUCCCCUCGCUCGGAGCAGCAUCCUCUGCAGACCCUCGGUCCUCAUUCCCGGGGUCGUCCGGCUCCCGCGGCUCCGUGUAAUUACUCCCCUUCACUGGCCAACCCGGGAACUUUCUCCUCCCGCUCUCGGCAGUGGGGGGUCGCUUUGCCUGGGCGGAUUUUUCCUGGGGUUCACUGGGGGGCAGUCUCUGGAGAAGGGCCUCAGGGUCCCAGAGAGACGUCUGCCACCUGCCACCUGCACCCAGCAGACCUGCCGUCGGGUCUUGGCACCCUCUCUCCCCCUCUCCCCCAAUCAUGACCGAAAUGAGCGAGAAGGAGAACGAACCGGAUGACGCGGCCACCCACACCCCCCCGGGGACCAUCUCUGCCCUCCAGGAAACCAAGCUGCAGAGGUUCAAGCGCUCGCUUUCCCUCAAGACCAUCCUCCGAAGUAAGAGUGUGGAGAACUUCUUCCUUCGCUCGGGCUCUGAGCUCAAGUGCCCCACUGAGGUGCUGCUGACGCCCCCAACCCCACUGCCCCCUCCCUCCCCACCACCAGCAUCUACAGACGGGGAUGUCCCGACGCCGGCCCCCUCCCCCUGCCCCAUCCCACGGCCCCUGGCACCACUCAAACCAGUAAGACUGCACAGCUUCCAGGAACAUGUCUUCAAGAGAGCUAGCCCCUGUGAGCUAUGCCACCAGCUCAUUGUGGGAAACUCCAAGCAGGGUUUGCGAUGUAAGACGUGCAAAGUGAGUGUCCACCUCUGGUGCUCUGAGGAGAUCUCCCGCCAGCAAUGCCCAGGCAAGGCGUCCUCCUCCUUCCGUCGCAACUUCAGCUCCCCGCUCCUGGUGCAUGAGCCACCCCCCGCCUGUGUCACAAGCAGAGAGUCCCCACCCACUGGGGCCAGCGGCAAGGUAGACCCCGUCUAUGAGACCCUGCGCUAUGGCACCUCGUUGGCUCUGAUGAACCGCUCCAGCUUCAGCAGUACUUCUGAGUCCCCCACGCGGAGCCUGAGUGAGCGGGAUGAGCUGAAUGAAGAUGGGGAAGGCAGCAUUCGCAGCUCAGAGGAGGCCCCUGGAGAGAGUGUAUUCACAGCCCCAGCUGAGAGUGAAGGGUCAGGACCGGAGGAGAAAAGCCCCGGACAACAGGUGGGUGCAAGCAUGGUGAGUGGGGGUGUCACUGCUCCAUCACUUAUCCUCAGUCUACGGGGAUGGGCAAUGCCAGGCCCCCCAAACCCCUUCUGCGGAAGGACGUGGGACCCAUGUACUCCUAUGUCGCGCUCUACAAGUUUCUGCCCCAAGAGAACAACGACCUGGCUCUGCAGGCAAGAUUGGCGACCGGGUUGGCUUCUUCCCAGCCAAUUUUGUGCAGCGAGUCAGGCCAGGCGAGAACGUUUGGCGCUGCUGCCAACCCUUCUCUGGGAACAAGGAACAGGGGUACAUGAGCCUCAAGGAGAACCAGAUCUGUGUGGGCGUGGGCAGGAGCAAGGAUGCUGACGGCUUCAUCCGCGUCAGCAGCGGCAAGAAGCGGGGCUUGGUGCCAGCCGACGCCCUGACCGAGAUCUGAGAGAAGCCAAGAGAACCCAGAUGCCACCCUGCCCAUGCCUGGCCCUUGCUUCUGGCCCCAGAGGGGAAAAGGCAUCUGCCCUCUGCCUCUUUCCUAGGGGCCACUCCCCGGGACUUGGGAACCUUCUGCACUGAGGAAGGUUUUAUUUCUUGGGUCCCAAGUUGCCCUGAGGGAGUUGCUCCUCUGGGACUUGGGGAUGAGGAAGGAGGAGAAAGUGGGAGGGAAUGGGGAAACUCCAGGUAGGUCCAGCCCAUGCCCGGACAUCCAGUUGCCACGCUGAAUGCAGCCCUGGGGAGGGGGGCGUUCCUGGGGAACUUUCCCGCUGCUUUGUCCAGAGAGCCUUCCCACACCCACACCACCUCUGCAUGCCCAACACUGUCCCCCUCGCCCCGCAGAGCUCCUGCUUGGGUCUACGUGCGUGACCUUGAGGCUGCCCCCUUUGGAAGGAAGUGGGGCCUUGGGAAGGUGCCUUCCCAAGUCCCCCAGGUUUCUGCCCUCUGCCCAGGGUCAGGUGGCGGUUCAGAGCUGUGGGAGGAUCCCGAGUCCAACUCCUGGUUUCACCACCUCUGUCCCUCCAUCAGUUCUCAGGAAAGUUCUGCGGGAAUCUCUCCCCUUACUUGAAACCCCGGGCAGACAGAGGAGGAGAGGGCCGAGUUCUGGGGAAAGCACGGUAAAUCAGAGACCGUCUCCUCAAAGAGAACAGUCAGUCAGCACAGAGCGGCCUCGUGGUGCCCUUGCCCACUGGGGAAGGACACUCAGUAGCAUCCUGCCCACAGAAACCUAACUGAGAACAACAACAACAAAAAACCAGCCCAUGCUUGGUCAGAACCCUCAUUUGACUGUCAGGAAUCUGGAAGUCUCAGCUAGCAGGACUGACCAGCCAGGGAAGCUGUGCUUAGUUUCUGCCCCAGGUCUCACAGGGCCCAGCCCUGGGAGCCCCACCCUCAGGGCCAACCUCCACAUGGCCCUUCCUCACCCCCUUCCUCUGGGCCUUGCCGGAAACACUGGUACCCCUCUUUCUGUGCAAGAGUCCCUCUUCUGGUUGUAGCUGUGCCCUUCUCCUGGACACCGAGUCC